GAUAUCUCAGCCCGGAGAGUUUUGAAUCCACUCUGUGGCCUCAGUCGCCGCCAUGCUGAGCUGAGAGAGAGAGCGUCAAGUCAAACUUUGUCACGCUGCCUCAGCCCUCAUCUCCGUAAGCACCGGGAAACGUCCCACAACGUAUACUGCGACCUUAGCCCCGGGCGUCUCGCUCAACCGUUUCAGCUGUGUGAAGGAACGUGAGAAGAAGAUUUAAUGAAUCAGUAUUCGCUAGCCGACGUGAUGACGGACAAAGGAAACUUCACAGUUCCAAAGUUAUCAGAGUCUAAUAUGGGCUUUGGCGUGCUGGGGGUGUUUCUGGGGCUGCUCCUGGAGGUUUCCACACACGGGCCCCACGGUGUGCCUCGCACUUCCUGGAGACAUCAAGAUUUAGAUCUGAUGGAGUUUUCAGAGCCGGGCAUCUUCAACUACUCCACAUUACUGCUGAGUGAAGAAAGGGAUGCGCUGUAUGUGGGAGCAAGGGAGGCCAUCUUUGAGCUCAGCAAGAAGAAUGUGAGCGUCAGAAACAAGAAGGUUCAGUGGCCAGUUACAGAAAAAUCUAUGAAUAUGUGCACGCUGAAAGGAAAAUCAAAAGAGAGGGAGUGUCUAAACUACAUUCGAGUGCUCCAAGCAGUAGAUGACACGCGGCUGUAUGUCUGCGGCACACACGCCUUUCAGCCUCAGUGUGAUUACUUGUACUUUGGCAACUUCUCACUUCACGGUAAACCCGAGGACGGCAGAGGGAAGUGCUCCUUUGACCCCUCGCAAAGCUUUACUACUGUCAUGGCUGAUGGAGUGCUGUACUCGGGGACAGCUUAUAAUUUCUUAGGCAGUGAACCGAUUAUAUCCAGAUACUCCCCAACCGAGUCUCUGCUGAGGACAGAGUACUCCACAUCAUGGCUUAAUGAACCCAGUUUCGUUUUCGCCGACGUGAUCAGAGAAGGGGAAAAUGGAGCAGAUGGCGAGGACGACAAAAUCUACUUUUUCUUCACCGAGGUGUCGGUGGAAUACGAAUUCUUUGGCAAGCUGUUCAUCCCCAGGGUGGCGCGUGUCUGUAAGGGCGACCUUGGAGGGCAGCGCACUCUGCAGAAAAAGUGGACGUCCUUUCUGAAAGCCAAGCUGGUGUGCUCCAUGCCUGAGCUCAACUUCGUUUUCAACGUGGUUCAUGACGUUUUCAUCCUGAAGGGGACAGACCGCAAAAACACGGUCAUCUACGGAGUCUUCACCUCUCAGUGGGGUAAUGUGGGUUUGUCAGCCGUGUGUGCCUACGAGAUCAAGGAUGUGGAAGACGUCUUCUCCAAGGGCAAGUACAUGCAGAAGGCCACGGUGGAGCAGUCCCACACAAAGUGGGUACGGUACAACGGCAUUACUCCUACUCCACGUCCUGGAGCUUGUAUUAACAACCAGAUGCGACUGCAGAACAUGAACAACUCGCUCCACUUGCCCGACAAAACCCUUCAGUUUGUUAAGGACCACCCCCUGCUGGAGGAUCCCAUCCUGCCCAUCCACAACAGGCCCCGCCUCAUCACCAAAGAUGUCAAUUACACCCAGAUUGUCGUGGAGAGGGUCCAAGCACUUGACAAAAUUACUUAUGACGUCAUCUUCACUGGAACAGAUAAGGGUGUCCUGCACAAGUCGGUGCUGGUUGAAGAUGAGGUUCAUAUUGUGGAGGAGAUCCAGCUCCUGAAGAACGCUGAACCCAUCAAAAACCUGCUGCUGUCCUCAGAGACACAGUGCCUGUAUGCUGGGUCAGACCUGGGUGUAGUCCAGUCUCCUACAGCUUUCUGUGGCAGGUAUUCAUCGUGUGUGGACUGCAUCCUGGCACGAGACCCCUACUGCGCCUGGCACCCGAAGACUGCCACAUGUGUCAACAUCUUUGACACUGCCAGCCAAACACUCAGGGGGCUGAUCCAGAGCAUGAAAGGUGAUGCAAACAUGUGUCCUUCAGUGCCAGUUCUGUUUCGGAAGGACUACAGGCAUGUGGCGGUGAAACUGGGGAGCUCUGCCGAGCUGCCGUGCCUGGUACAUUCCAACCUGGCCCAGGUGAUGUGGAAAUCUAACGACUCGGUUCUCACCGAGGCCUCUCGCUUCCACCUCAUAGCCGAAAACGGGCUCCUCAUUUACAGCGUGGCUCCAGAGGACCAAGGGUACUAUGAGUGCUGGUCCGUGGAGUGGUCUCCCGCUGCUGGCAGGAACUUCAGCCGCCUGCUGGCCGGAUACACCCUGACUCUGGAUCUUCUGCCCAGACCGCCGCACCAGGCGGGGCAUGUCGUCACCACCACCCUCGGUGGCCACGAUGCAGCUACCACGGGUGCAGCUGAAGCCUCCUCUCCUGUCGCCACUUCAUCUUCCCUGUCCUCUUCUGGAGGUAGCACUCCCUCUGCACUCCCUUCCUCCUUUCCCCAUUCCUCUUCUCCCUCCUCCACGAAGCCCCAUAACGCGGAGGCUCGGGAGGCCGAAGUGAGACUAUUGCCUCCCCUGCUGAAGGACCAGGCCUGGGGGGUUCACGCGCAGGAGGCCUUCCUUCUCUUCUGCCUCGCCCUGGGUCCCAGUGAUGUCCACAUUCACUGGCUAGUAAACGGACACAGUCUGGACACCCCCAUAAAGGAGUACCGCCGGCCGCUUGGUCAGAGGGAGGUUUUAGUGAGCAGCUGGCUCCAAGAGGGGCCGCUGAUCAAGGACGCACGUUAUAACUGUGUUGCUGAGGCCAGCACAGGAAAUGACGUGUCUGAAGUUGACCUCCGGCUCUCUAUUGGAGAUGAAGAGAACAUUCCAACCCGAGAUUUGAGCCAGUGGAGAGGUGCGCUCGCAGAGCACGAGCAACUGCUAAAGAGAUGGGAAAAGGCCUGGGAAAGCUGUGAUGACCACAGAGCUCUGUGAAGAGUUGACUUGGCUGAAUCUGGUUGCGAACAUGGUCCUCCAUCCAGGUGGACCACACCUUUGACACUGAAACUGUCAAAAAAACAACAAUGCCACUUCUUAGAUAGGAGUUUGGGGGACCAUGAAGCAACACAUUUACAAUCUGCCUCCUGCAGGGGUGAGGGCAGUUGGGGGGGUUGGGGUCACCUAUAUGCAGUGAUAAUGUGGGAGUCUCCAACCAAACUCUGCAAGGAGAUGAAGCUCAUCAAUCUGAGAACACGUGGGCUGCCUUUGUACCAAAAAUACAUUUCUGUCAAACGUCCUGAGAGCUGUGCUUGUAAGGAAUGUUUCGCAUUUUUAAAGCGAUGGAACAUGUCAAAUGUUUGUGAGAUUCAUUUUAAGAUGUUUGCACCUUCGCUGGCUUCAGAAGCUUCUGUCAAGUCCAUCAUAGCUACUUGGAAUUUGUAUAAUCUUGAGUGAAAAUGUCUUUAAUCAUCGAGCCCAAAACCCAAUUCGUAGGAUUUGAUGGCAGGAAUCGGGCCUGUAGCUCUCUUUUAACAACAUGCCAUCAAAAUGCAAAAUUUAUCUUAAAAGAAAUGCAGUUCAGCCCAAGUAUGGAAACUUUUGUCACACUCACUGCUUUUCAUCUGUUAUUUUCUUCACAUUAAAACUGUGACUACAUAUUUGACGCUGUAGCAGAAAUAAACGGUUUAAAUGCU